AUGCCUUCUAAACCUUUCUAUGCUUAUUCUUCGUAUACAGUAGGAUUUAUCCAUGCAACUUGCGAGUAUUUUGGUGUGAGUCUACUAGCUGAUGAUAAAAUUGCGUGCUUCAUGGUAGAAAAGGCAGCUGAGGGUCUUAUAACCGAAGGAAAGUUGAUUGGUAAACAACAAGAAGGUAAAUGGAUGGCAGAUCAACUAUUAUACUUUAAGGAAGACAGUUUCGAAGAAAUCGCAAAGUGUUGUGUUUGGCUUUACUGCAAAGAAUCGUUUGUUUACAAGAAAUUAAAUGAGAUUAUGCGACUAGAUGGAGACGAAGACCAUGCGCUGUUAUUUCAAAGUAAAGUGCCCACUUUGGGUCCAUUUGCAUACCUACUUCGAAAUUUUAAACUUUCUACUUCUCUGAAGAAGAGCACGGUCUAUCGUGGAGAUAAUCUAUCCAAUAAUUUGAUCGGAAAAUGGCAAAAAGAAAAAGAGAAUGCAAGAGGAUAUUAUCGUCAACUUACAGCCUUUACAUCUACCAGCCGUAGUCGAGAGAAAGCCGAGUUCAUGGACUGCAAUGUUCUUUUUAUUUUUGAUAUUAAUGAGUGCUUCGAUGGUUAUGACGUUUCCCCAUUUUCAUGCCUCAAUGAAGAAGAAUUUCUGCUCGAUCCUGGUACUUUAUUUCAUAUAGUAUCAUGUCAAUUUGAUGUAAAUAAGAAGAAAUGGCUCAUACAUCUGAAAUCCUCCAUGUUAGUUGUAAUGGGAGACAUUGAAAUCAACUAA